CGUUUUUCUCCUCUAAUUUUCACUCAGGAAGAUUUAUUUGUGCAGAUCGGCUUUAUAAACACACGCACCGAGUAAUACAUCUCCUCCUUUCGUCGAUUCUCUCUCCAGUCCAGCGUUUGGCGCUAAACACAGACUCUGUUUGCCAAACACCUUUAAACCACAGAAGAAGAAGAUAAGUUUCACCGCGCUCUCUGUUGUUUUCUAGGGAUGUUAAUUGGUUAGAAUUGUUUCUUUAGUACAAAAAUACCGCUUUUGAAACAGGUAAACGAAUACCUAUAAUUUUAUCCACAUAGUCUUUACGUUUUGAAGCAAGCAGGAAUAUCUGGAGGAGUAACGUGAAUAACUGAACUGCGAACUGCUGCUGUGAAGAUGGUGUGCGUUAAAGAGGAGAAGACGAGUGAACCAGAAACCUGGAGAAUAAAACAAGAGGAACCAGAAACCUCGAGAGUAAAACAAGAGGAACCAGAAACCUGGAGAAUAAAACAAGAGGAACCAGAAACCUGGAGAAUAAAACAAGAGGAACCAGAAACCUGGAGAAUAAAACAAGAGGAACCAGAAACCUGGAUAAUUAAACAGGAGGAACCAGAAACCUGGAGAAUAAAACAAGAGGAACCAGAAACCUGGGGAAUAAAACACGAGGAACAAGGAGAGUUUAUUAAAAAAAGUGAGGAGAAUGAAGAAUUAAAUGAAGUUCAAGAGGAAAAUCAUGUCAAAACUGGAGCAAAACAUUUGAGUUGCUCUCAAACCAAACAGAAAGAUUUAAAGAAAAGAGGAGCCAAAACAUCUUUCACCUGCACUCAGUGUGGAAAGAGUUUGACAUGCAAAUAUAAUCUUGAUGUUCACUUGAGAGUUCAUACUGGAGAGAAACCAUUCACUUGUGAUCAAUGCAACAAGAGAUUCAGUCGGUCAGGAGACCUGAAGAAACACAAGUUAAUACACACUGGAGAAAAACCACACACAUGUGAUCAGUGUGGGAAGAGUUUUACACAAAAUGGAAGCCUUAAGGCACAUAUGAGAGUUCAUACAGGAGAGAAACGUUUCUUCUGUAUUCAAUGUGGAAAGGCUUUUUCACACUCAACACAUCUUAAGGUACACAUGAACAUUCACACUGGAGAGAAACCUUUCAAGUGUUCACACUGUGACAAGAGAUUAAGUCGGUCAGGAAACCUGAAGAAACACAUGUUAAUCCACACCGGAGAAAAACCACACACAUGUGAUCAGUGUGGGAAGAGUUUCAGACUAAAAGGAAUCCUUACAGCACAUAUGAGAGUUCAUACAGGAGGGAAACGUUUCUUCUGUAAUCAAUGUGAAAAGAGUUUUUCACUCUUAGCAAACCUUAAUGUACACAUGAACAUCCACACUGGAGAGAAACCUUUUAAGUGUUCACACUGUGACAAGAGAUUCAAUCGGUCAGGACACCUGAAAAUACACGAGAGGAUCCACACUGGAGAGAAACCGUACACAUGUGAUCAGUGCGGGAAGAGUUUUGCAGGAAAAGGAAGUCUUAUGGCACAUAUGAGAGUUCAUACAGGAGAGAAACUGUACACAUGUGAUAUUUGUGGAAAGAGUUUGAAAUGCAAAUCUAGCCUUGAUGGUCACAUGAGAGUUCAUACUGGAGAGAAACCAUAUACUUGUGAUCAGUGCGGGAAGAGUUUCUCACAAUCAGUACAUUUUAAAGAACACAUGAGCAUCCACACUGGAGAAAAACCUUAUAAGUGUUCACAAUGUGACAAGAGAUUCAGUCGGUCAGGAGACCUGAAAAGACAUGAGAGGAUCCACACUGGAGAGAAACCGUAUCACUGCACUGAAUGUGGGAAGUGUUUCAGUCAGUCAUCUUCUUUACACAGUCAUACAAAAAACAUUCACACAGUAAGUAGAUCAUCUUCAGAUCCAGCACUUUCAGAUCUGAUGCUGCCUUUUCAUCAAACUUGAAACAGUAAUGCAUUAAGCAGCAUCAUCUGGAUUAAUCUGUUUUAUGAGAAAGAAACAUCUAAAGUUUUCACAGUGAAUAAAGUUAAUCAAAACCAGCAGAUGAACUCUGAGAUUCAGUUCAACUCAAAGAUGGAGAUCCUUCCCAAAGAACAAUGUCAAAAUGUUUUAUUAUAUCAUAUUGCUGCAUGAUAUUAAUGAUAUCACUGUGUUUUUUUAUGAGUUUCAUGUUAUUUUCAAUUAUCUUAUAAUGCUUGUGUCACUUGUAGUUUGCUUACUCUUUCGUGAAGUAGAAGCUUUUUACAAAUUGUUCUUGUUCGGGAAGCUGAAGAAGAGACUGUAAUACUUUAAGAGAGACUGAGAUUUAUUUAAAAAAUUGUUCUCUGUUGUUUUUAAAAUGACUGAAUUCUGCUUCAAAUGUAUUUUGGAAAUGCAGAUGCAAGAAAAACGGUCAUGUAGCCUUGUGAUUGCUCCUUCUUUGCUUCUCUUGUAAGUAGGAAUGGAAACCUAAACCUUUCGUAUUAAGCAAGUCCAGCGACAUUCGUCACUGAUGUGUUUGUUAUUUUGCAAUUCAGAAGUGAAAUCUCUUUUGUACUGUAGGUCUGCUUAAUCUAAUAUUAUUUUCGAUUGAGUUUGACUUCCAAGAAUUAUAAAAAUUAGAUGUUUGAGGUAAAUUGAUAUUUUAAAUAAAAUCUAAUGUUUCUUGAGGAAUUUAAGGUUGC